AUGAUGAAAUUCUUCGCCCUCGUCCUGUGCGCUCUGUUCGCCGCUGCUGCCGCCAGUCCCGGACUCCUGGCCUACAACGCCGCCUACUCCGCCCCGCUGGCCUACUCCUCCUCGUUGGCCUACACCGCCCCCGUGGCCUACUCCUCCCCUGUGGCCUACACCGCCGCGUACGCCCCCUAUGUGGCUCCCUAUGCCAGCAGCGUGAGCGCCCACACCGUGGCCCACAGCGCCGCCUUCCCGGCUGUCUAUGCCGCAGCUCCAGUGGCCGCUGUCCUGAAGAAGUAG